CUGGAUCAGGUGUAUACUAAUGUAGCAGAUGCUUACAGAGCCCAGGCAUUAGCUCACCUGGGUCUGUCAGACCACCUCUCCCUCCUGCUGCACCCACAGUACACACCCAAAAUCAAGAGUGCUGAGACCACCGUCCGAACUGUAAGAAUAUGGCCAGAGAGCGCUGUUCCUAUGCUACAGGACUGCUUCCACCACACAGACUGGGAUGUUUUCAGAGAGCAGGGCACAGUAACGCGGGAUAUACUGGACAAUUACACCAUCUCUGUUCUAGACUACAUCUGCUUCUGUUUGGACAAUGUUACAACUUGGAAACAAAGCCGUGUGUCUGGUGACCAUGAGGCAUACAGCAGGGCCAGGACUGCGCUGAGGAGGGGCAUCAAGUCUGCCAAACAACAUCACAGGAGGCGCAUCGAAGCCAGAUUUGCAGACACGGCUAAUCCCAGGCAGGUGUGGGAGGGCAUCAGGGCCAUAACUGACUACAAAAAGAAAACACCAUCUAUCCCAGCCAACAGUUCCACCCUGGCGGAGGAUUUAAAUGUCUUUUAUGCCCGCUUCGACAAGGAGAACACAGACCUUGCCCUCCCCCCUCUCCCCCCCACAGCCCCAGCCCCAGUCCUGACCACACACGAGGUGAGUUCAGCAUUUAACACCAUUCGGCCCUACAAACUCCGCCACAGACUUCACCAACUGGGACUCAACACCACCCUGUGCAACUGGACUGUGGACUUCCUCACCAACCGUACACAGAGGGUCAGAGUGGGCAACAACAUCUCCUCCACUCUUUCCAUAAACACCGGCGCGCCCCAGGGGCGCAUGUUUGCCUGA